GCCAGAAUGUGGAAUUCAUAGCCAUGGGCACGUCGCUGCUAGAUGAGAAGACAACCUGGGCCGAGUUUGGCAAACAGCAUUUGGACAGACGCAUCACAAAGGCCCUGACCGACACCCUGAGCUUGACACACCCAACGUUGGUCCAGUCCCGUGGUAUUCCUGUGGCCCUCGAGGGAAAGGUACACCCGAAUGGCCAUGGACGGAGUGUCGAAGGAGGAAGGUGAUGGGGGAGGACUCGAAGGCCUUUCCAAAGAGAAAGAUGAGAGCUUUGACAGACCUCCCCGUGCCAAGCUGAGCCCUCUCCAGCGAACUCGCACGCGAAUGCGGACCGCGCAUUUGGAGAAAGAAGUCGAUAGGGCAGAGGAAGCUUCUGAUGUGCCCAGUCGGCCGGCAUCAAUGCGGGGGCUCACAAGUGCUGUCACUGCUGUCAACCAGGCAGCGAGAUUGCAACGUAGAAGACCUCCUGCAUUUAGAAAAGGUUCCAUGAGUCUGAUGGACAGAGCAGAAGAGAGUAAAUCAGAGGCAGAUGAAGUGAAAGCUAAAAGUCCAAGAAGGGAAUCAAAGCCUCGGGACACCUUCAGGCGGCAAGCUCGGAGGUCCAUUUCAACACUCGGUGCUAUCCUCCCUGAUGAACAGGAACUGGAGGAGACGCAAGAGGUUGGGGGUGGAAUCGGUCGUUUGAAGCUGCUCACGUCUGCAGUUGCAUCAUUCCAAUCCUCGAAGAGUUUCAACGAAGCUAAGGUUGGGGAGGUUGUAGUUGGAGAUCCCAACGAGGUCAUUCUGCCAGCAGACGAUGACAGUGACGAUGAAGAGAAUGAAGAGGUGGAAAGAGACUUUGUUUCAGCUUUGCAAAGGAUUCGGGAUAGUGGCAGGCUCUCAAUUCAUGAAUUUCGAGUUUUUGAAAAGGAACUGAGGAUGCAGACACUCUUCCAGGAUGAACUGGACAUGGUGAUCCUGGCUGGUCUUGACACUUCCAAGUAUCUUGAGGUGAAAUCUGAAGAGAUUCUUUGGAGCCGCUUCUCCGAGCUCUACUCCGGUAUCUUGUCAGUUGAGACACCGCUUUGCAUCAUAGUAAGCGGAAGGGUAAGUGUUGCGAAGCCUGGACUGCCCGAAGGAGAUGCUGUGAGCAAAGGAAGCAUCAUCAGUGCAGCUGACCCGGAAGUUUUGGGUCUUGUUACCCUUGAGCCGUGCAAACUCCUUUACAAAGAUCUCACCCAAGUGCAAGAAGAUAUGGAGCGCGCAAGAGAAGUUCACAAGAGGGUGGACCACGCUUUGCGCAGGCGGCGGCCUCCUAGCACCUGGUCUGAGGAUCUUAUCGAUGAUCUCUUGCUGUCAAUUAAGUUCUUGCCUUUCUUCGAGGAUUUUGAUGCAAAGACAUUGCGCAGUUUGGCACGCAACCUACGCUUCCGCAGCUUUACACAAGGUGAGAGCUUGCCUCCCACUCUACCGACAGAUGUGUCCUUGGCAAGCCAAGAGUGCCAACUUGUGCUUUUUUGGUUAGGAAAGGCCGGCAAAUACAAGCGAGUUCAAUCUACCAAGGAGGAGCUCCUAUCUGCGCAGUUGGAAGAAAUGAUGGCCUUGACAGAGUUUGGAGGUCGCAAAGGCAACAAAAGUGUGAUAGCCUCUCCGAAUGGCAAGGAUGGCAAGGAAGCAGACAUGCCUGAGCUGGACGAUGAGAUAUGCGAGAAAGAUGAUAAGGUCUACUUGAAACGUAUCGGAAAUCUCCAUCUUGGUGCAGUGCUUGGCCAGCGCAAUUUGGUUGAUCCUGGAGGCCCAGACACUGGAGAGCCACUUAUUCGCUGCGAAGGGCCUUGUGAGGUUCUUUGUCUAUCGCGGUCAGACUUUUUGCAUUGCCUGAAGGAGCCACAGGUGGAGCGCAUGCGGGUGGUACAUGCCUUGCGAAAUGUGCCUGCCUCGCGCCCAGGUGAGCCGCACCACCGAUCUCAGGAACAACUCGCACUCUUGGCAAAGCUUGUGAGGAAUACACCAGAGCUCAAGGCUUUUGAGCAAGAGGAGUUGAUGCAAGUGCUUGGCGCGGCCACGUACAUCAAUGCAGUUCCUGGCCAUGUCCUGUGUCAUCAGGGUGAGAUUGGUGAUCGUUUCUUUGCGAUUAUCGAAGGGAUGGUGAGCAUCCAUGUUCGACCAAAGGUGGAGGUGGAGUCAACACUUGCAUCGGCUGCUGAGAAGAAGGGCGGUGGUGCCGGGUUGAUCAAAGCGAUGCUAGCUGCCCUCUCCCACCAAAAAGCAGAGGCAAAGAAGGAGCAGAGCUUGUUGCCUCCUGAAAUCCCUCGAACAAGCAGCUCUAUGAGAUCUGAGGCUUCUGACGUCAGUCUGGGAGACAGCAUGAGUUUGAGCCCAAUGAUGUCGCCAACCUCAUCUUUAAAGCCUGAGCGACGGCCAUCAGGUGCAGCAAGGCGAAAGGCAGUGCGUGUCUCUUUCUUUGGUGGCGAUUCCCAAGAGUUGGCUCCACAGACACCUGACAAUAAACCAGAGAUAAUGUCUGACGAAUCCGACAUUCAGGAGGCAGAUGAAAGUAGAGAAAGCAUUGGUGAAAGGGAGACGCUUUCAGUUCCGUUGCGGACCACAGAUGAUACGAGGCGGAAAAGCUUCCGAGAGCGUCUCCAGGGAGGCCUAUUUUGGACUGGCAUUCGAAAGCGCCUAGCAGCCACUCAGGCCGAUGAACCGGCGAGCCUUGGCAAGAUGGUGAAUCGCAUGGGUCCUGGAGCAGCAUUUGGAGCCAGGACUUUGCUGAAGAAGGAAGCUCGUACAGCUUCAGUCCAAACUGUGGAGCCGACGAAGUUGCUGGUUGUCACUCGAGAGGACUAUGUUGGACUUCUGGGUUCUAUGGGAGAGGCACGCGCACGGGAAGCUGCAGAGUUCCUGUGUCGCUAUGUCCUGAUGGUAGAAACACGUGGUGGCCGUGCUUCAGACAACUUGCACCCAGCGCUUCGACAGCGCAUGUCCCGCACUUCGAAAUCAAUGACAAGCCACAGUUUAGACCGUGGGACUGUGCUUCUCACUCAUGGCACUGAGACUUCAAGCACCAUUCACAUCUUGCGGAAAGGUGUGUUGGCUUAUUGCUAUCCUUCACAACAAGGCAGGCCGCUCCCAAAGAACUGGCAUCGGAGCAAAAUAGGCUCCAUGAAUCCUUCCCAGGUUGUGAGUACUCCAGGUGAAGUGGUUGGAGCAUACAAUGCCUUAUUGGGUUGGAAGGAGCCUGCCACAGUUCGGGUGGAGAGUGCCCACUGUGAAGUUUAUCGACUGCCUUGGACGGAACUUCAGCGAGUUCUCACGAACCGGGUCGUGACUCUCAUGCGCGACAAGCUGCAGCAGGGCCAUGGCUUGCGUUCCCAAGUUGCAGCAAAUCAAAGUCCAAAAGACAUGUUGAAUGCAACUGCCAAUUUGAAACUUGAAGGUGCUGUGCCAAGCAAGGAGCAACAAGCGGUGAAAGACGCACUUGAAAAUGCAUUGGACACUGCAUGUUCUUUCGGCGGAUCAGCCUCCCAUCGCAAGCGACAUGCCGAGAAGGGAACAAGAUCGGAAAGGGUUGACGACGCAGCGGCAGAGUCGGAGUUUGAGGAUGCUGUGGCGGCUGCCAUUUUGAAACUCGAAGAUGCAACCAAAAAGGCCGACUUGUGGGAGUCCUUGCGAACAGGGGAGGCUGAAGUUUCCAUAGCUUCGAGCCUCCCGCCUCCCAUCACCAGUGCAGCCCAUGUACGUGCACGCUUCUUCAAAGUUUUGAAAGAGGAUCCGGGGCUUCUGAGAAUGGAGCAUUUCAUGGCUCAGGCAGCUUUGGACCCUGACAAGGCGCAUCUCAGUGCUUGGAUCAAAAAGUAUGCUACAAGCGACCAUCUCCGAAAGCAUUCUGACCUGCAAACCUUGCAGCUCCUUUUAAGAAGGCAGCUGAAGAACCCACAGCUUGCUGCCCGCCUCCCAUUGUGACUUUUGUAGCCAUGAAAGGCAAUGACAUUCAUUCAGUUCAAAUUCAUUCUUCAACUUUUUAAUGCUGCUAGCAGCCGUUUCACUGCCUCACACUGAAGGUGUUGAGACUUUUAAGGCAGGAGCCUCCGACUGCCUGUCUUCCAAGACAGCUCUCUCGAGGUGUCAAAAUUAUGGUGCCGACUCAGGCUACUCUGUCAAAUGAUUUACGGAAUGCUUUCUUUGAUGUCUUGCUUUUUUGCUUGAACUAC